GGGCCGCCGCCGCCGCCGCCCGCACGUGCGCGCCGCUCCCCGCCCGCGGCGCCGCUCGGAGAUAUAAAUGACUCUCCAGCUCAGCUGAACCAUGAGUUUUGGAUUACAUGAUCUGUUCAUUUGUUGCCGUCACCUUGGAAAUGAUAGAGCUACACUACGAAGGAAAGAAGUUGAAAAUUUCAAGCAACUCCUUUAUGAUUCUGAAAUUGUUCUCCAGCUGGAUCGGAAUUCUGAUUCUAGACAAGCAGCGCAGCUCGGCUGGGAUGCUGUAUUUGAAGCCCUGCAGAAAUAUUUCCAGAAAGAGAUGGAAAGCCUCACACUGACAAACCCAAAUGUAUCUGUUUCAACCCAAACUUCCAGACAGAAAAAGAUGGAAGCGAUUGGCAGUUUGGUUAAAUGCUUCGUCAGACAUGCUAAUGCAAGAGGACCCAGACUGGCAUGUCAGGAACUUAUAAAUUACAUCCUGAAAGUCAUGAGAGAUGCAACAAGUUGUGCAGUUUAUGGAGCUGACUGUAGUAGUAUUCUCCUAAAGGAUAUUCUUUCAGUAAGGAAAUACUGGUGUGAGAUAUCCCAGCAGCAGUGGUCAGAGCUGCUGAUCCUCUAUGGCCAAUUAUACCUCGAACGUUCUGGGAAGAUUAAUAGAGUUUUGGUGGCUAGAAUAAUUCACACUCUUAUGAGGGGAUAUUGCUUCCAAACUAAUGGAAGUUCUGAUAUGUUUAUCUUCUUUUCAAAAGCAAUGCAGUAUGUGAGGCAGGAGAAAAACACUGCAGGCCUGGAUCAUAUUCUUGCAGCAAUGAAUAUCUUUUGCAAUACAUUUGCUGUCAACUGUCGCAUGCGGAUUUGUAAAAUAGGAGAAGAAAUUUUGCCUACAGUGCUUUAUAUAUGGACUCAGUAUAGACCAAAAGAUUCCCUGAAAGAGUCAAUAAUUGAGUUAUUUCGUCUCCAAGUUCAUAUUCAUCAUCCAAGAGGUGCAAAAUCUCAGGAAAAAGGUGCAUAUGACUCAACAAAAUGGCAAAGUAUCGUACAUAAUCUGUAUGAUCUGCUGGUGAAUGAAAUAAAUCUCAUAGGUAGUAGAGGAAAGUAUUCUUCAGGCUCACGUAAUAUUGCUGUAAAGGAAAAUUUGAUUGAGUUAAUGGCUGAUAUUUGUCAUCAGCUUUUUACUGAUGAUACAAGAAUUCAGGAAAUUGGCCCAUCAUACGUCAUUUCGCAAAGAGGCUCCAAUGAUGUAACAGUACCAAGCAAACGCAGGAAGAUUGAACUAGGCUGGGAAGUAAUUCGAGACAACCUGCAAAGAUCACAGAAGGAUUUUGAUGUCAUACCCUGGUUACAGAUUACAGCUCAGUUAAUAUCAAAGUAUCCCAUGAGUCUUCCAAAUAGUGAAAUACCUCUCUUACUCAAUGUACUUCAUCAGUUGCUACCUCAGCAGCGACAAGGAGAAAGGACUCCGUAUGUACUGAAGUGCCUUACAGAGCUGGCUCUGUGUCAAAACCAGAAAACUGGUUUGAAAAGCACCCACAAGUUGGAGCUGCAGAGAACCUGGGCAAAGAUUUGGUCUCUUACCAUUCGCAGCAUAAGUUUUCAGCAAAUUGAAAUAGCCAGCUUUGGGCUACUUGGAGCCAUGAUUCAAGAAAACCUUGUUGUAACAGAUAAAGAAGUCUGGAAGAUAUUUUCAGGACCUUUAUGCAAGCCUUCAAGUUCUGCUAUACGCUGUUUAGCAUUAGCGAUGUCUGUCUGCUCAGUGCCGGAAAAUUUAGAUGUAGGAAUAGAACAGAAUAAUUGUGAGAGAAAUCUGGGUUCCGUGUUAAAGGAGGCAAUAAUGAAAUGGGUACUCUCCUGCUCUUUGGAGGAAGAAAUGGAAGAAUGUGCAGAGUUGCCUCCUGUGCUAUGCAGUGAUUUUCCUCAUCUUUUACUACAAAAAAUUCUUGUGAGCCUUACAAUGAAGAACUGCAGAGCUGCAAUUAAUUUUUUCCAAAGUGCUGCUGAGAGUGUGCAGCACUUGCAAGGGAUAGAAGAAACCAGUUUAUCUGAUGUAGAAGAGCUGUAUCUGCAGACAACGUUUGAUGAAAUGGAUAUUUUCAGUAACUUUGCAGUAAACACUGGAGAUAAAAAUGUGACUACUUCAAGAUUUUCUAUCAACCAGAAUCUUAGGGAAACAUUGGAGUACUGUCUUACAGCGAUGUCAGAAAAACUUUUAAGUAACUAUGCUCCUAAGUCCAAGCUUAUUGCUGCAGAACACCUUGUCCGAUGUGUCAGUCUCUUGACUGGUGUUCUUGGUUGCUACUGCUAUGCUGGUAUAUUUACUGAAGAUGAUGUCUGUAAAUCAGAAUUGUUCCAGAAAGCUAAGUCUCUCAUUCAUUAUGCUGGAGAAAGCAUUUGUGACUCUAAAAACAAACUAAAUGAAGAUACCCAAAUCAACUCACUGAGGACUUUGAUAACGCAGUAUACAAAAUGUUUAUGCAACUCUACCAAGAACAGUGCUAAUAAGAUGCUGUCUGACUUAUUCCUGCGUUUGUUAACAUCAAAACAUAUGAAUGAUCUUGUAGAUAUUUGCAAACAUCUGAUGACAUUUACUGGAAAACCAAGUGAAGUAGAAGUGGACCUAAUGAGCAGUGAUCCUGAGGAGAGUAUAAUGGAAGUAGAUGGUCCUUCUGUGGCUGAUAUCAGUGAUACAAAUGAAUCUGGUGCUGUGAGCCCAUUAGCUGAAGAACAGUUGACAAAGCAGGAUUUACUUCUCCUUGAAAUUCUGAAAUUCUUAUGCAUUUGUGUAACUAGAGCUCAAAUUCAGAAAGUAAGCUUCCGAGCUUCUGAUAUACGGAUGAAGCUGUUGAUGUUAACUGAUAGAAGUACCUUUGAUAGUGCUAAACCAUUGCAUCUGCACAUGUACUUGGUCCUUUUGAAGGAGCUCCUCAUUGAAGAAAACCUCUUGCCUGAAGAUGAUGUUCUUAUGCUUCUUAGGCCUCUUUCUACUGUGUGUUCCAUGUACCGUCGAGAUCAAGAAGUCUGUAAAGUAAUUCUAAAUAACUUGCUUCCUGUAGCAGUAGGGGUGGCCCGGUCCAACACUCAUGCUGAAGAGACAGGGAAUGCUCAAGGGCAAUUUUUGACAGUUGUUGGAGCCUUUUGGCAUUUAGCUCAAGAAGGGAAAUGCACAGCACCAGUAAGACUGGCCCUUUUAAACUGCAUGAAAGCCUUGCUUGAAGCUGAUCCUCAUUCAGAGUGGGCUAUCCUUAAUGUAACAAAUAAAGAUAUUCCUGUCAGUGAUGCUUUUCCACAUUUUCUCGCAGAUAGUAACCACCAAGUUCGCAUUCUUGCUGCAAAGUCAAUUACCAGUUUGUUUCAGGAUGUGAAACGUAGAGAUUCUUCUGGAUUGUUGAAACCUCUUCCUUUGAAGCUCCAGCAGAAGGCUUUUGAGAACGCAUAUCUCAGAGUUCAGGAAGGAAUGAGAAAGCUGGUCAGUGGUGAUGCAAGUCCGGAAGAUCUUUUGGAUGAGGAGUGUAAUAGGAAAGCAGUUUUGUUGAUGGUUAUAACUAUGGUUCUGUGCUGCAGUCCAGUGUGUGAAAAGCAAGCUUUGUUUGCUAUUUGCCAGUCUAUGAAAGAGAAUGGAUUAGAACCUCACCUUGUGAAAAAGGUUUUGAAAAAAGUAUCUGACAUUUUUGGCUAUAAAAAUAUAGAGGACUUCAUGGCAUCACAUUUAGACUAUUUGGUGAUGGAGUGGCUGAAAAUAAACGACAAUGGAUAUAACUUGUCUACUUUUCCUUAUGUUCUUCUGAACUGUACUAGUCUUGAGGAAUUCUACAGGUCUUGUUACAAAGUUUUGGUUCCACACCUGGUGAUUAGAAGUCAAUUUGGAGAUGUGAAAUCACUUGCCAACACAAUUGAAAAAGACUGGAGGCAGGUUCUUGCAGACUGUUUUCCAAAGAUACUUGUGAAUAUCCUCCCAUAUUUUGCUUAUGAAAGCCAUGGAAAGAGUGAAGUAGCAGAACAAAGAGAUGCAGCUUCUAAAGUUUAUGACAUGCUUAAGGAUGAAAAUUGCUUAGGAAAACAGCAAAUUGACAGUUUAUCUCAUAGUAACUUAUCAGAGAUUGUGGUUGAAUUGUUGAUGACCUUACAUGAACCACCUGACACCAAUGCAGCAGAAGGAGCUCAUCUAAGUGAAUACAUAAGGGAACUGGAUCCUGCUCCUAAUCCUCCUCAUUUUCCGUCUUACGUAAUUAAGGCAACCUUGGAGUAUAUCAACAAUUGUCAUAAAAGCAAAUUAAGAAGUCUAAUAGCACUUCUUUCUAAAAGCCCCGAUUCAUUCCAGAAAAUUCUUCUGGCCAUUUGUAAGCAAGCAUCAGAUACGAACAACAUUUACAAGAAACACAGAGUUCUUAUAAUUUAUCAUUUGUUCGUUAGUCUGUUGCUUAAAGAGAUAAAGGAUGGUUUAGGAGGAGCAUGGGCUUUUGUCCUCCGAGAUGUAAUUUAUACCCUGAUACACCAUAUCAACAGCAGACCCGUUAUUAUCAGAGACAUAUCCAUGCGCAGCUUUUCACUCUGUUGUGAUCUUCUUCAUCAUGUUUGCCACACGGCAGUCACAUGUUGCAAUGAUGCGCUAGAGAGCCACCUUCAUGUUAUCGUAGGAACCCUCAUACCUCUUGCUGUGGACCAGCCUGAGAUUCAGGAACAGGUCCUAGGCUUGUUGAAGUACCUGGUGAUAGAUAAUAAGGAUAAUGAAAAUCUGUACCAUGCAAUCAAAUCCUUAGAUCCUUUUCCUGAACAUCCUGCUUUUAAAGAAUUGAGAGCAACUCAACAGAAGAUAAAAUACAGCAAAGGAGCAUAUUCUCUUUUGGAGGAAAUUAAUCACUUUCUCUCAGUUAGUGUCUGUGAUUCACUGCCCUUAACACGGCUUGAAGGACUGUAUGAUUUACGCAAACAAUUGGAACAAUAUAAAGAUCAGAUGAAGGAUCUCCUGAAAUAUUUCCAGGAAAACCCAGAAGACUCUGCAGUAGUGAAGUUGGUGGUGAGCUUACUGCAGCUGUCCAAAAUGGCAGUUAACCACACAGGGGAAAAAGUUGUGCUAGAGGCUGUUGGAAGUUGUUUGGGAGAAAUAGGUCCCGUGGAUUUCUCCACCAUAGCUCUUCAGCAUACUGAAAAUGUACUGGAUUCUAAGGCAGUGUACCUACUUGAAGAUAGAAAACUUCAGUGGGUCUUCGUAAUGUUAACUCAAAUAAAUACUGCUUUGACAGAUAAUUGUAUUGAUGUUAGAGCUGCUGCUGUUUCCUGUUUAAAAAACAUUUUAGCCACCAAGUCUGGCAGUGAAUUUUGGGAGAUCUAUAAAAACAAAGCUGAUCCCAUGUUAAUCUAUCUGCAGCCUUUCAGAAUGUCUAGGAAGAAGUUGUUUUCAGUACCGUCUAAUGAUACAGAGCCUCAUUCAGAAACUUUGGAUGACACUAAUCUGUGGAUUCCUCUGGGAGAAAGUCAUGAGACCUGGAUCAAGAGCCUAACUAGUUCAAUACUGGACAGUGGAGGUGUGCAAAAUGAAGUUCUGCAGUUAAUGAAGCCACUGUGUGAAGUGAAAACAGACUUGUGUCAAACUUUACUUCCAUACCUGAUUCACGAUAUCCUUCUUCAAGACUCAGAUGAAUCUUGGCGAAAUCUUUUGUCAGUGCAAAUCCAGAAGUUUUUUGCAGCCUGUUGCAGAUUUGCCUCAUCAUCCAGUAGAUCUACUACACCACCAAAUUCUGAUUCAGAGCAAGAAACCCAAGUUUUUAGAAGUUUGGAUAAAGUGUCUCGACGAACCAUGCUUGCUGUUGUUGAUUACUUACGAAGACAAAAGAGGUCUGUUUCAGGUACAGUUUUUGAUGACAGCUUCUGGCUGGAUCUGAAUUAUCUUGAGGUUGCCAUAGCAGCACAGUCUUGUGCUGCUCACUUCACAGCCUUGCUCUAUGCAGAAAUUUACGCUGACAAGAUAAAUAUAGACAAACAGCAGCAAAGGUCUUCUUUCAAAGCAGCUAAAAGUUUGACGUUUGAGGAAGAAAGUCAAAGAACAACUAUUACUAUUUUGAAUGAAAAAAGUAAAGAAGAAACUGGCAUAAGUUUACAGGACCUUCUCAUGGACGUAUACAGAAGUAUAGGAGAACCUGACAGUCUCUAUGGCUGUGGUGGAGGAAGAAUGUUACAGCCAUUAGCACGGAUAAGAACAUAUGAGCAUGAAGCAGUAUGGGGAAAAGCCCUUGUAACAUAUGACCUUGAGACAAGCCUCUCUCCAUCUACUCGCCAGGCAGGGAUAAUAGAGGCUUUGCAGAAUUUUGGGCUUUGCCAUACUCUUUCCACAUAUUUAAAAGGACUGGAACAUGAGAACGCUGAAUGGUGUGCAGAACUACAGGAAAUACGCUACCAGGCAGCGUGGAGGAAUAUGCAGUGGGGCCACAUCUCUUCAACCAAAAGUGAGACAGGAGGACCAGGGUACCAUGAAUCAUUGUAUGAUGCUCUUCAGUCUUUACGAGAUAAGGAAUUCUCUGCUUUCUAUGACAUUCUUAAAGAUGCCAGAGUGAAGGAAGUGGAAGAGCUGUGCAAAGGCAGUCUCGAGUCUGUCUAUUCAUUAUAUCCAACUCUUUGCAGACUACAGAUAAUUGGAGAGUUGGAAAAUAUGGGACAGCUAUUCUCCAGAUCUGUUACUACACAGCAACUGAAUGAUAUUUAUCUGAAAUGGCAGAGACAGUCACAGCUUCUCAAGGACAGUGACUUCCGUUUCCAGGAACCUAUCAUGGCUUUACGCACUGUAAUUUUGGAGAUCUUGCUUGAAAAGGAGAAUGAAAAUAACAAAAGAGAAUGCAUUAAAGAUAUCCUCACAAAGCAUCUAGUGGAGCUCUCUAAAUUGGCUAGGACUGCUAAAAAUACACAGCUUCCAGAAAGAGCUAUGUUUCAGAUCAAAGAAUGCAAUCCAACAGGGUAUGGGGUUUCUGAAUGGCAGCUAGAAGAGGCUGAAGUUUUCUGGGCUAAAAAAGAAGAGAGUCUUGCACUGAAUAUUCUUAAAGGGAUGAUAAAGAAAUUAGAUGCAGAUUGGUUUCAGGUUGAGAAUGAUCCUCAUCUAAAACUGAUGUACACAGAGUGUCUGAGGUUAUGUGGCACCUGGUUAGCAGAAACAUGCUUGGAAAACCCUACAGUCAUCAUGCAGAAAUAUUUAGAAAAGGCUGUGGAAAUUGCUACAAGUCAAAGUGGAGAUGGCAGUGAUGAGCUGAAGAAAGGAAAGAUGAAGGCUUUUCUAUCUUUGGCUCGUUUCUCAGAUAAUCAGUACCAACGAAUUGAGAAUUACAUGAAAUCCUCAGAGUUUGAAAAUAAGCAGGCAUUACUGAAGAAGGCCAAGGAGGAGGUUGGACUCCUAAGGGAGCGUAAAGUUCAGACGAACAGAUACACAGUGAAAGUUCAGCGAGAACUUGAAUUGGAUGAAUGUGCCAUACAUGCCCUAACUGAGGAUCGUAAACGUUUCCUGUGUAAAGCAGUGGAGAACUAUAUCAGCUGUUUACUAAGUGGAGAAGAGCAUGACAUGUGGAUAUUUCGUCUCUGUUCUCUAUGGCUUGAAAAUUCUGGAGUUGAUAGAGUCAAUGAAAUGAUGAAGAAAAAUGCAGAGAAGAUUCCUUCAUACAAAUUUUUGCCUCUGAUGUACCAGCUGGCUGCUCGAAUGGGAACCAAGAUGAUGGGUGGUCUAGGAUUUCAUGAAGUUCUGAAUAGCCUAAUAUCUAGAAUUUCACUGGAUCAUCCACAUCAUACUUUGUUUAUAAUAUUAGCUUUGGCAAAUGCUAACAAGGAUGAACUCCUGACAAAACCAGAAGCAAUAAGAAGACAUAAAUUAAUUAAAAAUGCACCAAAAGAAAUCUCCCAGCUUGAUGUGGACAGAAUGGAGGCUGCCCGCAAUAUAAUCAAUAUUAUAAGGAGGAGGAGCCGUCAUAUGGUUAGAGAUGUUGAGGCACUUUGUGAUGCUUACAUCACAUUAGCAAACUUAGAUGCUACUCCGUGGAAAUCUCAAAGAAAAGGGAUAAGUAUUCCAACCGACCAGCCAAUUAUUAAGCUGAAGAACUUGGAGGAUGUUGUUGUUCCCACCAUGGAAAUUAAGGUGGAUCCCACAGGAAGUUAUGAAAAUCUGGUGACAAUAAGAUCUUUUAAGCCAGAAUUUCGCUUAGCAGGAGGCCUAAAUCUACCUAAAAUAAUAGAUUGUGUAGGAUCAGAUGGUAAAGAAAGGAGGCAACUGGUUAAGGGACGUGAUGACCUGCGACAAGAUGCUGUUAUGCAGCAGGUUUUCCAGAUGUGCAAUACAUUGCUCCAGCAAAACACUGAAACACGAAAGAGAAAAUUAACCAUCCGAAGAUACAAGGUAGUUCCCCUUUCUCAGAGAAGUGGUGUUCUUGAGUGGUGCUCAGGAACAACUCCCAUCGGAGAGUUUCUUGUGAAUGCUGAAGACGGAGCUCACAAGAGAUACAGGCCAAAAGAUUACUGCAGUUAUCAGUGUCAGAAGAUGAUGAUGGAUGCACAAAAGAAACAUUCUGAUGAGAAAUACAAUAUCUUUAUGAACGUCUGCGAGAAUUUUCAGCCUGUGUUCCGUUAUUUCUGCAUGGAAAAGUUCCUGGAUCCAGCUGUGUGGUUUCAGAAACGAUUGGCGUACACUCGCAGUGUGGCUACAUCUUCUAUAGUUGGCUAUAUACUUGGACUUGGAGACAGGCAUGUUCAGAAUAUACUGAUAGAUGAACAAACUGCAGAACUAGUGCAUAUAGAUCUGGGGGUUGCUUUUGAGCAAGGUAAAAUCCUUCCCACACCAGAGACUGUUCCAUUUAGAUUAACCAGAGAUAUUGUGGAUGGAAUGGGUAUUACUGGCGUGGAAGGGGUCUUCAGAAGAUGCUGUGAGAAAACAAUGGAUGUUAUGAGAAAUUCUCAAGAAGCUUUGCUGACUAUUGUACAGGUGCUGCUCUAUGACCCUCUUUUUGACUGGACUAUGAACCCUUUGAAAGCUUUAUAUUUGCAGCAGAGACCAGAAGAUGAGGCUGACAUGAGCUCUACACUCAAUGCUGACCCACAAGAAUGUAAUAGAAAAGCCAGCAGUGAUGACCAGAGUUUUAACAAAGUGGCUGAGCGUGUUCUGAUGAGACUUCAGGAGAAGCUGAAAGGUGUUGAGGAGGGAACAGUGCUCAGUGUGGGAGGGCAGGUGAACCUUCUCAUACAGCAGGCCAUGGAUCCCAAAAACCUGAGCCGACUCUUUCCUGGAUGGAAACCCUGGGUAUAACUUGGAGGAUCUUAUAAGAAACUUGUUUUUAAGCAACAGCUGUCUUUACAUUUCAAAGUGUUAUUUCCUAAUUAAAACAUCACAUCAGUGGCAACUGUAAAGGUUUACAUGAAUUAAUAUUAGGUGGAUUUUCUUUUUCAAUAGCUUGUUAUGAAGUAAACAUUUUUUCUCCACAGUUAUGUUCAGCGUCCAGUGUAGAACACCAACCACUGCUUUGAUGUUCCUUGUGACCUGCAAAGCUGAUGACUUUGCUUGGGCAAAGUGGAUGUAUAAUAUUCUUGAAGCCUUUGAUUCAUUACUUUUGUCUGUCUCUUAAAUAGCUGGAGUUUGUAUGGUAACAUGACUGUUUAGAAUGGAUGAUCUGAAAGCUGCAGCUCAUGAAAUAACUAGCUAAAGUGUAUUUCAAAAAUAGGAGGGGAUGUUUUACUUUAAAAAUAAUGCUACAGUGAUACUUGACAAAAAUAUAAAAGAAAACAAGAGAGCCCCACCUUUAACGAACUGAAGGUUCUCCAGGUUUUAGCUUAAUUAAAUGGACAUUUCUUUACAUAGAUAGGAUCUCUGAUCCAAGCAUAAGAGUGCUAUUUUUUGCCAUAGUAAUCAAAAUUAUGUUGGUACUUUCUUUUCAUGGAAUCAUAAAGGUUGGAAGGGACCUCUGGAGAUCAUCUAGUCCAACCUCCCUGCUCAGCACGGUCACCUAGAGCAUGUUAGACAGGGUUGCAUCUAGGCAGGCCUUGAAGAUCUCCAGAGAAGGAGACUCCACAACC